AUGGUGGUGGCGACGGCCAACGCGUCUUCUUUCUCGCCCGGGCGGCUGACGAGCGGUGGCGCCACGUCAAGUACGGCGCAGCGUCACUCAGUUGCCUCUCCCUAUCGCGAGCAGCAUGCUGUUUCAACAGCUGGAAACACAGGAACGCCCGCAUUAUCGAGCGGACUGAUGCCACCCGAUCAGCAGUGCUCUGUGACGCGGGACCUUGUGUCCAAUUUGUGGACCCUCUCCCGCGAGAGUGCGAACGCACAACAAGAGAUGAACGCUCAAACGUUCCAGCACUUGUACGCGCAAAACCGGGCUCUACAGCAGAUGCUAGAGGAUAAAGCCACCGACUGGCAACAACUCCUGGACACCGCAGAACUCAAAGUUAAGGGUCCUGACGCAAAUUCGUAUUCUGCAACGAAGCAGAAGUUCGGGAGACUAGUAUCAUUUCUUUGCUCUAUUUCUUCUUUCUGUGGUCGUGACAGUAGUUUUUCUUCUUCUGGUUUUUUCUAUGAUAGAGUCGGUAUCUCUGGGAUAUUAAGACUAAGGAAACGACGAUGGAGAUGGACCAGGGAGAGCUUAUCUAACUCAGCAGGCAGGGACUUAAUCGAGGCGACAAAGCAAUGGGAGGAACGCAUAAACAGACUGAGCGAUAGUGCGAAUGAGCAGUUCGCUGGCUUGAAACUGCUUAUCGCCAAAAAAGAGGAAACUGUACAAGCGCAGGAUUUCAUGUUUAUUGGUCAUUUGAAAACCAAAGAGGCCCAACCAAUCGUUAUGAGAGACCACGACAUCAAAAUCAAUAGAGAAGACUCAGAACACUACAUGGUUCACUUGCUUCUACAACAUGAAAAAACUUCAGAACCAAGAGGAGCUAGCACAGUUGCGUGCUUAUUUCGCCAAGGAACUCGCCAGCCAUCAGACUUUGCACGACCGUGCGGAUAGGACUUUGCACGAACAGGCACUGCGAUUGGCAGCCCUUGAACAGGAAGUAGAGGAAGCGGUAGUAUCCUUCUAUAUCAAAGGUUUUUGCAGUGUGUUGUGGAGUUUUCAGUGCAGUAUGAAUGCAUCGAACAAUCUCUAUCAUGUAGUACUGCUUUUCCCGAUAGCAUUCAGGCACAAAUAGAAAUAAGAUUUGGUGCCGUUUUGAUUGUCCCUGGCGACGAGUUGAUACUUGUUUCAGUUACGCAAUCUCGUAUCACCUACAACAGAUCUAUGUAUAAUCUUCAUCUAGGCCCGGACAAAAGCCCUCGAGCAGACGGUCGCCGGCUUAGCGAAAGAUGUUAGAGAGCUUGGCCAGCGCGUCGCGGCAGGGGAGCAAACGACUAACCAGAAUAUGAAUAAGGUGAUGGCCAACAUUGGCUCGGUCCAUGAGGCGCUGUCGUCAGAAAUCUUCGUAGGCCGUGACGAGUUGCAGAAAAAGCAACUCCUACUGGAGGAGCAGCUCACAAGUCAUGGAAAGAUUAUGGAAACAACAUCCCGAAGAAGUUUGAUUUUUUUGUUGAAGGACCGGCUGCAGCUCCGGCGGAUCCAGCUUAUAUCCACCUAAGACGGAAAGAGAGAGCCACGUAGCAGUGCUUCUUCUUGUUGAUAUUGAUUCAUUGUUGAUCAUGAACACGUCCUUGAAGUCGAGACUCCUUGGGCAUAUUUUCGUGGUAAACUUCUAAAAGCUAGAACGAGUAUGCUUUCGCUCUCGCACAGAAGGAUCUGCGUUCAGUGCAGGAACUUGCCAUGAAGGACUUGGAGAAAGUGCGAGACGAAUUCACUGCGAAGCUUCAUACGCAGCACAUGACACUGGACAAGCAGUUAUGUCGAACUUGCUACUGUAGGUGGUGACACCUCAGAGAUUUCAUACUAACAGAGAGAUAGUUUCUGACUCUACCAGCAUAGCUAAGAAGUAGAAGUUGAAAUUGAAAAUAGUACCAUUUGUCAUCGUGGUCUUGGUGAUGCUGCUGUUAGCUGCCUGAGCAUUUCUUCUGUGCUCUACUAGCCUUUACAUUCAAGAUACAACGAAAUACUUGUUGUCGUGGAUAAUCUGCGACCCACCAUGAGUACUAGAUGAAGAAAUUCGAGUGGACUUGGGAUCUUCCCCUCGUCUCUCCCUUUCUCUCAUAUCAGCUGCUUGCGACUGCGAAGGAGAUGGAUGUGAGGUUAGCGCGCUGCAGCGACGAACUGAAAGCGUGCGAAAUCCGCACCAAAGAAGGCUUCCAACACGCCAGCGCUGACGUUAGCGCAUUACGGACAAGCAUGCUCAAUAAGCUUAACCAAGAGGAGACCACAAGAGAUCACUUGCUGACACAGGUGCGAUUCAUCGUUGACUAUUUUUGUUCUAAUGCCAGAAGAGUGUCUGACUUUCAUAGAUUGAACUUAUGUAGUUGAGCUUGAGUUCCAACUACGCCUUCCUGUCUAAGUGUAAGAAUAAGGUUACCACUUGCAAUUUCAACCUUUAGACUUCCCCUGCGCCUGCCAACAACGACAUGGCUAUUUGAAUUUCAUCAAGCUGCAACCAAUAGUGAAGUUUAAAAAUAGAGACAUCCACACUUCGAUGCUUCUAUGAAUACCAGAUUCGCGACGCAGUGGACUAUACGAACAAGACAUUGGAGCAGAAGACCGAAGAGCUUGCCGCACGCAUUGAAGCAGAACAGCGUGUGCGCAGCGGAGAGUGCUCCACUCUUGGUAUGUCGGUUGGAGAUUUGCAGACACGAUUAGACGAAGUUGGACAUGAAAUUUAUGUCAGACAUUAGGCCUGUUUUGCCCUGCCUUGGUAUCCUCUUCAUCGCAUUCAACUCAAGGUCAAGAUGUUGUGCUCCAACACAAUACUAUAACUAUGUCGCAGGCACGACAACUAGGUUUAAGUGAAAAAGUAGCCCUGUGAAAUGAAAUGAUUUUACCCUCAUCCAGCCGUGCAAAGUGAUCUCUUCCCAAGCAGCAUCGAAUCAGUGUCCUCUCGUAACUACGGUGUAAGCAGUUUUCUCUCGUUUGCUGGUACUGGCAAUUGCUAAGCGCUUUCGAGCUUUCGACAUCAAGUGGCCGUCGACUUCGUGACGGAGAAAAAGCAUCAAGACACGACUGCAGAGGUGACGGGUAAGAUCCUACUGGAGGCGAACCGGCGAGUGCAAGAAAUAGAACAAUUGAGCACGCAACUCUACGAAACUAAAACUGCUUUGUCCGAAACGGAGCGAGAGUCUGCAACACGCGCGGCAGCGACAGAGGGCCUCAUUGCGGCGCAAAAGACCGAGCUCAUCGCCCGUCUGGAAGACGUUUGGAGCUAUGAAAGAGGAUAUAUUUUCUCUCUUGUUUGAAUCUGAUACUACUCAUCAUCAGUAUCAAUAUCGUCUUCAUCGUUCGUCGACCUGCCUCAUCUAUGUAUCUACAACCUGCACAUUGAUGCUCAUCUUCCUAUGCAGCAGCCCUUUACCAACCUCUAACAUGAUGAGAUGAAUGGAGGACGGCUGAGUUAUCAAAAGCUAGAGACUCUGGUGUCGCAGCAAAAUUCCGACAGAAUGAAGGAUUUGGAAAAGCGAAAGCAGGAAAUUCUGGAUUGUAGAGAAGCGGCCGACCGAGGAGUGCAGAGCGUCUCAGGUGAAUUGGAGCGUAGAAUUCAGCAGUGUUGCGAUUUCGUCAACGUAGAGCAACAACGAAUGGAAGAUACAAUGACAGAAAAGUACGGCCCCGUCACAUGAGUAACUUACAUGAUAGAUCCAAACUUUUCAGCUCCAUUUGGUGAAGUGUUGUACUUCUAGCACGAGCACUUCGUUCUAGCACUAGUGGUAGCACUUGAUACAACGUCUUCAUAUGUCGCACCGAAAAUUGACCGAGGACGUGAGGCGACUGCAGAGUGGGCUCAGCUCCGAGGCUAACGUGAGGAUGCUGGACGUAGAAAAUGUGUUUGCGAGGAUGCAGAUGCUAAAGGAGGAAGUCGUCGCCCAAGUUGAAAGUGAAAAGAGGCAACGACUGAUGGGUGAGGAGAAACUAACCACAGAUCAGGGUCAAGUCCGACGACUCCUUGAAACAGGUGGAACCACUAAUAAUUAUGGCAUAGUAGUUUUCCAUGUGGAGGUUGACACUUUUUCCAGUUUCCGGUUUGCGGUUGUUCUUGUUGUUUGUGGUCCAAGUGGACGUCCCAGCUCCUCUCAAUCAUGCAUUAAUACUAAUAGCGAUAGAUGAGCGUUAGAUAAGAAUCAAGUAGAAAAAGUGUUCUAGUAUUUUCACAAGUCGUCGUCUAAUAUGCCUCGCCGCGGAGUGGUGCGCGCUUCUUCUUCAACAACGACGGGCCGACAAGUCCAGUGUUGCGUAGUGCAGCGAGCGGCAAUACAACGAGGGCGUCAGGAGGGGAGCCAGCGAGCUAUAUGUUCGCGGAAGCCAACUCGAGUUGGCUUUCAGCGGGAUCUUCGAAAUAGAAGUGGAAGCCGGUUGUAGUAAGUACUUACCCUAAGACUAAGUUAAGUUGACAUCUUGAAACGAUCACUAUGUCUAAAGUCCAGAUGCUUUGAAAACGAUUCGGCAGCCAAUCAUGGUUCACGCCUUUUAGCAAACCGACAAUAGGGGGUGAUGUCAAGGUACAACCGCCAUUAUUUUUGCGUAUGGUAUUGAUUGUUAGCCGCACUGAUGACGAUCAUAUUCAUGCACUUAGGAUAAUGUGUACAGGAGAAGAAUGCGGUGGAGUAAAUGCGUGGAAAAACGUGGAUGAAUCCGGUUGAGGAAAUGCCGUGAUAAGGAUGAAGUACCAAGCUUAUCAACAUUUUUAUCCAUCGGAAUAUAACUUACGCAUAGUUGUAUGAAUCGACAACCUCAUUCAUGAACGCUGACAAUUCCAAGCGCGUUCAAUACAUGAUAGCACCAUCUGACUCUUCAAAUUUAUGAACAGAUUUCGUAACUACGUAGCAUACACAUACUUGCAGCUCUGAGUGACUUUGACACUCUAUUUCUACCGUGCGGUGUUGUCACAUAUCACUUAAUAAUACAUCAUGAUCAUAGGCAGCUGUUCGAGUUAGUGGUAGUACUACUUCUAUCAUGAUAAUGAUAACAAAAUCAAAAAUUAUUGGGCAGAGCAAUGUGCCAGAGUGUCUGCAACGUGAGAUGAAGAAGAGUACAAGUUGAGGCUGACGUUGCAACAAGUUUGAACAAGUGAAAACAACGACCGACAGCUGUGACCGGGCUGGUGACCAUUCAUUUCACAUUUUCAAUGGGGAUGAUAUAUUCAUGUGUAAUAUGAGUUCCGAUUGCAUUGUAGCCUCUACCUCACGAAGGUUUCGUCAGGUAGAAGUAGUGACUUUAAGGUUUUUGAUGUAGAGGAUUCACUGAAGUUCAAUGUUUUCACGAUAUUUCUAUUUGAAGUGUUCAUGCUAAGGCUCACCACGAUGGGGGCAGCAGGCCAAGAGCAUCAAGAACCUCUUCUGGUUUAGUACUGAGUCAAUCAUUUGAACACAUGCAGCCCGCUAAGAUGCCAAUGUAUUCUUGUUGUUUCAAGAGAUGGAGAUGGAUAUGUUCUUGGUGACAUUGUUUUCGUUACAAUAAAUGGGCAUAGUAGUUUGUGGACCUUCCAGCGAGAUAAAAGAAAAUGUACAGAAAAGUUUGCGUUCUUCCGGAACAAAAGAUAUAUUUUAACGGAGGACUCCACCAAGCCGGCCAGGGUGGGAACGAGAAACGACUCGCUUCUUCGUCGCCACAUCAGACGUGC